AAAUUAAGAAUUAUUUCACCAUUAAAUGCCAUAUUUUGGGUUAUAUUUUGUUAUGUUGUGAAAUCGCUCUUUUUUAGUUAUCGAUAAAGGUUAGUAAAAGUUGUAUGCAAAUGAUUUUUUUCACCAAAAACUGAUUAAAUUGUGUAGGAGAAGAAACCGAAAGCAAAAAAGGGUCAAAUUAAAAAGAAAAUGGCCUCUACAACUCUUACUAGUAAGGUGCCAGGAAAGCUUGCAAGAGUUAAACCAAAGACUUAUUCUGUAUGUAUGUUGUAUAAUACAAAUGAAGCCAAAGAAAAAUUAAAAAGUUUAUCGGUGGCUAGUUGUAAUCCUUCCACUGAAAAUCAACAAGCAGCUUAUGACAGUGACACAGAUAAAGAUAAAAAUGUCAUCCACAAAAUAAAAUUGACAGUUUCUGAUAAAAUGUAUUGUAACUGUUGUGAUUGUGUAUUUGAAGAAAGAAAAGAUCAGGAACAACAUUACAAGUCAGAUUGGCAUAGAUAUAAUUUACGACUUAAACUAGGUGGUUUGAAACCUGUCAAAGUUGAAUACUUUGAAAAAAUUGCAAAUGAUGUAUCAAGUAUAUCAGGAUCAGAAGAUGAUGAAGAAGACAGUUCAGAUACAGAAUUGGGUCCUAAUAAAAGUAAAAGUAAACUUGUAAUCCCAGCGCAUGUUAGAUCCACCAGCGUCAGUGGUUCCAGUGAUAGUGAAUCAGAAACCUCUGUCGUCAAACAUGGACGAAACUCGGCCAAUAAUAUCAACAAAUAUUAUCUUAGAAAUAAAGAUGGAGAACUUAUUUCACUUUAUAAAUGUCUACUCUAUCAUAAAAAGAGUAAAAUAACUGAUCAGUCAGAAAUUUUAGAAGAAAUUAAAACUUUACCAGGUAAAACAAAAUGGGCGAUCUUUAUGUCUGCUGGUGGUCAUUUUGCUGGAGCUAUAUACAAUGGCAAUCAGAUUGUUAUACAUAAGACGUUUCAUCGUUAUGUUGUAAGAGCAAAACGAGGUACAGCUCAAGGUAGUAGAGACAGUCAGGGUAAUGCACCAAAAUCAGCUGGUGCUUCUCUCAGAAGAUAUAAUGAAGCAGCACUUAUGCAGGAAAUACAAGAUUGGAUAAAUGCAUGGUCUGAGCAGAUAAAAAAUUGUGAUUUUCUUUUUCUACGUGCACCAAGUUUCAAUAGGAAGAUUUUCUAUGGUGGUAAAAAUCCUCCAUUGAAGAAAAAUGAUGAUCGAGUGAGAGUAAUACCUUUUCCAACACGCAGACCAACCUAUAAUGAAGUCAAAAGAGUUCAUGAAAUGUUGUCCUCUAUAGAAUGUUAUGGCCAAGAGAGUGAUCUGCCAAAUGUUAUACCAAUAUCACCAAUGAGACAGCUGAGUUCAGAAACUAGUCAAUUAGAGGUUGUAUCUGAUUCUGAACUUCCAUCCCAAAGAUGUAAAUCAAAAUUUGAUCCUUCAUCAUCAUCUAAACAACUUAAAGAUUUAUUAAAAGAGAAAUCAUCACCAUCUCCUACUGAUAGUAGAAAGGGCAAAGGUCAACAAAAUCAUGAAAAUAUUAAACUCUCCCUACCAGAUCACAUUUUAGGUUAUGAGUCUGGAUCUACAUGUAGUGAAUCAGAGCUAGUAGAAACAAUGACUGCUUUAUCUACCGAACAUCUUAAAGAAUUUGAUUGCUCUGUAAAAGCUCCUCGGAAAAAGUCUCCCAAGAAAAGACGCAAACCUAUUUCAAAACAUCAGGUUGAACCUGAAGAAGAUGUCUAUGAUGAGGAAAGAUACCAUCUUCAGAAUGCUUUAUACACUGCAUGUAAAACAGGAGAUACACAGACACUAUCAGCAUUGUUAGUUGUAUUUCGUGGCAUGGACGUUACACCAUGUGUUCUUACUCCUGCUGCAAAUUUAUCUACUGAUACUAAUAGAGUUAACUCCCUUAAUUCGGAACUAUCUACUGAAAUUACAUGUACUGCUGACAAUUCCAACUGUUCCGCCAAAACAACUGCUGAUGAACCUAAAUCUACUUUUCUGCUGGAUAGUGAAAUAAUUAUAGAAAGAGUGACUUCCCCUGAUUUAAUUUCAAGAACUAAAAAUAUGGAAAGUGAAAACCUUGAUGCAAUCGAUUCUACCGUUUCAAAUAGAAAUGAUAAUCAAAAUCAAAAUGUGAUACCAGAAAGCCGUAAUUCCACUGGUACCAGUGUUCCUGAUUCCUUGCCAAUUCCAAAAUCUACUGGUACUAUGAGAUUUGGUGGUUAUACCUUAGAUCAAUUAUCACCAUUGGUUACAGUAGAUAUUUUAAAUAAACCAUUUGGUGAUAAUGGUAGCACAUUAUUACAUGUAGCAGCCAAAUGUAAUCAUAGAAAGGUGAUAAGUAUGUUGAUGAAAUAUGGAGCAGAUCCAACUGUAAGAGAUAAAAGUGAUAGACCACCGUAUGCUGUAGCAGGAUGUAAAGAUACACGUAAUGAAUUUAGAAGAUUUAUAGCCAUUUAUCCUGAUAAAUAUGAUUAUAAAAAAGCACAGAUACCAGGAGCCUUAACAGCAGAAAAAGAAGAAGAAAAAAAGCAAAAAGAGGCAGAGAGAAAAAAAUUACAGAAAAAAGCUAAAGCUGACAAAUUAAAGAUACAAAGAGAAGAAGAAGCAGAACGAAUUGCUGAAGAAAAAGAGAAGAAAAGAUUUCUAUCGUUAUCAGAUCGUGAAAAGAGGUUGUUAGCAGCUGAAAGACGUCUGGUUAAUCAGCAUAACAGAGAAGGAACAGACCAACCAGUACUCAGUCGAUGUUAUGGUUGUGGAACUGAUAUCACAGGAAAAGUACCAUUCGAAUAUUCAGACUUUAAAUUUUGUACAACUAAAUGUUUACGAGAACACAGAACUAAGAACUCAUAACAAAACGUAUAUUUAGUGACCAUAAGCUUAACUAUAAGGUUGAGGAAUUCUGGAACAAACAGAAACCAAUGAUUUCACAUUGGCAAGAGGUGUAUUAUGGUCAACUUUCUCUAAUUGAUUUAUGUUCUGGUCAUUCCAUUAAAAUUUAUAGCAUGACUAGCUUCCUUUGUGUACUUUGUGUUCAGGGUAUCAUAAGCUGGUAUUCCAUGCACUAUCCCCCUGACAAUGUUUGGAUUUGUGUAAUUUCAAACAGAAAGAGAUAUUUUUAACCACUAGUCGGAUAUGCUCAUCUUCAAGACUACAUGGAAUCUUGAUUAGACAUGCUGGUCAAACCUGAUCCCUUGGUCAAAUCUGACAACUGAUACUCUCUGCAUAGCAGGACAGGAUAGGAUGGGAUAUGGGUCUCGUCAGUCAUUAAAUGGAACCCCAAUUUUUAGGGUUACAAUCAAACAAAGAUGAAUUACUUUAUGUUAGUAACGUAUAUGAGUGUUGUCAAUAACUUAUAUGAGUGUUGUCAAUAACUUAUACGAGUGUUGUCAAUAACUUAUGAGUGGUGUUGAUAACUUAUGAGUGGUGUUAAGUAUUUAAAUGAGUGGUGUUAAUAACUUAUAUGUGUUUUGUUAAGUACUUAUGAGUGGUGUUAAUAACUUAUGUGAGUGUUGUUAAUAACUUAUGUGAGUGUUGUCAGUAACUUAUAUGAGUGUAGGGGGGGGGGGUGGAUGGCCGAAUGGUUAGCACGUGCGUGCUGUAUCAUAAGGCCUGUCAUUGAGUCAACUGACGUGGUUUCGAAUCCUCGGUUGUACGUGACAAGGAGUAGGGUCGCCUGUCCAACCUUGUGGGUUUUCUCCGGGUCCUCCGGUUUCUUCCCACUGCUAAAGACCCCUACGCGCAAAUUGAACCAUGCGUUAGUCCCGAAAUGACCUAGUUUGUGUCGAGUGGACGUUAAACCCCAUUUCUCUCUAUAUAUAUAUGAGUGUAGUUAAUUAUGGUACUUACAUGAGUUGUGUUAAUAACUUAUAUUAGUAUUGUCAUUAACUUAUAUGAGUGUUGUCAAUAACUUAUAUGAGUGCUGUCAAUAACUUAUAUGAGUGUUGUUAUUUACUUAUAUGAGAGUGUCAAUAACUUAGAUAAGAGUUGUUAAAAAUCAGUUUAUAUAAAUACAUUUAAUAUAUACAUUUGUAUUGUGGUCACUUGCAAAAAUCAGUCCAUUCAUACUUGUAAACACUCUAAGGAAUAUUGUUCUUUUGUAUUCGGCUUUUUAAUACAGUAGAAUCUGCAUUAAGCAGCCACCCAAGGGAAUUUUCAUGACUGACCGCUUUUUAAUAUUGUAAUAGGGAUAUUCAUUUGACAUGUAGAAGACCUUUUUUCCAAAUUUAAUUUUAAAACUUUUGAACCAAUAAAGGGCAGACCUCUCAGUGGAAAUGGUUUAAGGCUUAGUUAGAUAGCUCACCCCCACCCUAUUGUAAGCACAACGGCUAUGAUACUUUCUUGACGUUUUAAGUAUUUCAAUGCUGCAUUUUGAUGAGUGUAUAUAGGGACAGGACACUCCUCCAUCAUCUGUGUUUCAUUUAAAAAUGAGCAAUAAUGCAUUUAUUUGUAUAUUAUGAAGUUCAUACAUUUUGAUGUUAAAUAUUUACCUUUAUUAAAUCAUUUUUUAGAUAAAAAAUAUAUUUGUAUCAGAAAGACAACGGAAAUUGAUGGAUAAACCAACUUUUACCUAAACAGCUGCAACAACCUUUUAAACAACAUGAGCACUCAAUUUAUUUUCAUUGUUCCCAUGUUGUGUCCUGUAUGUCGCUUGUUCUAGUUAGUUGUUAUUACGGGUGGUGCUGCUGGUGAAGGCCUUCUGCACUUACUAGUAAGAAAUAAUUGAAUUAAUUAAUGAAAAUUAAUUAGGAGAUGAAAUUAUAAAUUAUUUUUGUUGAUGAUUAAAAAUAUUUUUGUUACCAAUAAAAAAAUACACAGUA